UUUCUUUAGGAGGUUAGUUGUUUGGGGAAAAAGGAUCAUUUCGUUAGUUGUAAAUAGUCCAUUGCCUUUUGUUAAGUUUCCUUAUAAUACAGUUUCAAAACUAGCUGUAUAGAAUUGGUCUUCGAAAAAUUUUGUUUAAUAUAAAAAUCCUAUAAGUAGUGCGAACAUAUGGUGUGUAACCUGUACGUAUAUAUCGUGGUUUGAAGUGGAAAUUCGUAUGAAUAACAGCAAACUGACAGCAGCCACAUCAUCUGGCCUUGAUACAAAUACGCAAUCAGCUGUUAUUAUUGCCCAUUUAUUUCUUUUAUGUAUAAGUAUACAUAUUUCUGCUAUUAUCUGCCAGUAAUAUUUUGACACAUCACCAAGUUGUUCAAAAAACAAUCAGGAAUUUUUAUAACCUCUAUUGGGCCAGUUAUCAGUACAAUUAUUUUAAUUGUUCAAUUUUUUAAUUCUUCCACAUGCAUUUACAAUCACUUUUAAUAAGUAGAAGAGUACAUUACAUGUUUGUUAACAAUUAGUACCAUACAUUUUGUUACAAUAAGUUUAUGGUGCCUGUGUUUUAAUUAUCAUUGAAAAAGAUGCCACAGAAAACAAAAAGAUAAAGAGGAAAAACGAUUUUGGACUGGUGUAUUUAUAUUUUAUAUCAUAGUAUAUUAUUUCUUUUGUAAUGUAAUAAUUGUUGCCUGAUAAUAUCAAUUGCAACAGUUUAUAAAAGACAAUGUAUAAUAUUACAAGUGUGAGAUCUUGACAUCAAAACUAUUAUAUUCUUUAACAUAAAGAAAAAUGGCUUGCGAUUCACUGAUUUGGGGAUUACUUAUAUUUGGAUGCAGUAUUCAAGCAUUAUUAGCUGCAUCUGAAGAUAACCCAUUAGAAUAUAUGAGCAAGGAAGAACGAGAAGCAUUAAAGGAAGAAGCCAGGGAUAUGUUUUAUCAUGCUUAUAAUGCUUAUAUGGAUAAUGCAUAUCCUGCCGAUGAAUUAAUGCCGCUAAGUUGCAAAGGGAGGUACAGAGGAUCAGAACCGAAUAGAGGUGAUAUAGAUUCCACACUGGGAAACUUUUCGCUUACACUGGUUGAUACUUUAGACACUCUGGUGGUACUGGGAGAUCUAGAGGAAUUUGAAAAUGCAGUUAAACUUGUUGCCAGAGAUGUCAGCUUUGAUACAGAUGUUAUUGUUUCUUUAUUCGAAACUAAUAUUAGAAUGCUUGGGGGUCUUUUAAGCAGUCAUAUAUUAGCAGAAUAUUUACAACAAAGAGCUGAUAUAAUGCCAUGGUACAGAGGUGAACUUCUAAAUUUAGCUAAAGAUUUAGGGUACAGAUUUUUACCAGCAUUUAAUACAACUACAGGAAUACCAUAUGGCAGAAUAAACUUGAAAUAUGGUAUGAAAGGUGUACCUCUGGAAAUAUCAAGGGAAACAUGUACUGCCUGUGCAGGUAGCAUGAUUUUAGAAAUGGCAGCAUUAUCAAGGUUAACGGGAGAAUCAGUCUUCGAGGAAAAAGCACAAAAGGCAAUGGAUGUUUUAUGGAGAAUGCGUCAUCGUGGUACGGAUUUGAUGGGCUCUGUGUUAAAUGUACAUUCUGGUGACUGGGUAAGAAGAGAUUCUGGGGUUGGAGCUGGUAUAGAUUCUUAUUAUGAAUAUUGUCUUAAAGCAUAUAUUUUGCUAGGCGAUGAAAAAUAUCUUGGGCGAUUUAAUAAACACUAUCAAGCCGUAAUGAAGUAUGUUAGCCAAGGACCGAUGUUAUUAGAUGUUCAUAUGCAUCGACCAAAUACAAAUUCAAAAAAUUUCAUGGAUGCUUUAUUAGCAUUUUGGCCUGGUCUACAGGUGCUGAAAGGUGAUAUUAAACCUGCUGUUGAAACACAUGAGAUGUUGUACCAAGUUAUGCAGAGACACAAUUUUAUACCAGAAGCAUUUACUACAGAUUUUCAGGUGCAUUGGGGACAUCAUCCAUUGAGGCCAGAAUUUUUAGAAUCGACAUAUUUUCUCUAUCGUGCAACUGGUGAUCAUUAUUAUUUAGGAGUUGGGCGUAAGGUACUCAAGAGUCUACAAACUUAUGCUAGGGUACCAUGCGGUUAUGCAGCUGUAUCAGAUGUUAGAACUAAUAAGCAUGAUGACACAAUGGAUAGUUUUGUAUUAUCGGAAACUUUCAAAUACUUAUUUCUGUUAUUCACCGAGCCAGGCGAACUAGUUUUAGAUUUGGAUGAAUUUAUUUUCACAACCGAGGGACAUUUAUUGCCAUUAACACUUGCUUCUAUAAGAACCAACGUUUCUUCGCAAGACUAUGAGCGAGAUAUUGUACACGUGGAUGAAAUGGAUCGCACUUGUCCUAACAGUCUACAUUUAUUUCCUGCAUCGGUACGACAGCCUCUAAGAAAUAUGGUUGAAGAUAUAUGUCCAAGACGUGCGAUAAAAAGGAGAUUAAGCGCCUCACAGUUUCAGGCAAAUAAUUUGGAACAUUUAAAGUUGUUAAGUGAUAUGGGAAUAACAACAUUAACUUUGGCUGAUGGACGUGUUCAACUAUUAUAUACCUUUUCAAAUGCAAAAACACCGCAAGAUUCGGAAGAAGGUCUACUGUUCAUGCAAGAGAUGGUUGAAAUAAGUAAAAUGCAAUCCCAACAAACUGAAACUAAACCGCAAGCUGUUACAUUCAUUAAACCAGGGACAUAUCCCCGUCAAAAAGUUACAUUAUUAGCUGGUCCAGCACAUUUUGGAUUGGAAUUACAAGGAUCGAAUAAAAUAACUGAAAAAGUUGGUUUUACAUAUCCAUCAUUUGCAUGUAGUGAUCUUCACGAUACGGUUACUAUUGCAGGCAAAAUUGCAAUAAUGUAUCGUGGUAACUGUAUGUUUAUAGAAAAGGCAAGACGAAUUCAAAAAGCUGGUGCUAUUGCUGGAAUAGUAUUAGAUAAUGUUGAUGGUUCUAGUGCAGCAACUUCACCUAUGUUUGCAAUGUCAGGAGAUGGAAAAGAAGUGGACGAUGUAACUAUUCCGGUUGUAUUUUUAUUUAGUACCGAAGCUUCUGAGUUAUUAAAAGCACUUGCUGCUGCAGGUGGUGAUCUUACAGUUACAAUUGGAAAUUUCUUUGCUAAAGAUGAUGUACAGCUGAAAGCACCUACUGAUUUAUCAAUGUUUGAACGAUGGAAGGGAUCGCUAAAAUCUUUUCUUACACGACAAAUAGGUACACCACAGACAUUUCCCAGCAGCGGGACAAAUUUGGAUAUGGUUCCUGAAACUAAGCAAGAAGAUGCAAAGGACGUGGUCGUUUAUCACGAGCUACGUGCAGAAAUAAUUGAAGAUGUACUUGGUGGGGAAGUAAGAAUUGUAUCUCCCUACUUGUCUGUACAUCGGAUAAAAUCAGAGGGUAACACGAUGAUAGAAAAACAGUGGCACCAGUUGAAAACAGUCUUUGUUAAUCAGAUGUAUUUUAUUGGAAAACAAAAACCAGGCUUAGAUAUGAGAAGCUUUAUAUUAGAAAGUUAUUAUAAUUGGAUAGUAAAGUCACGGGAUGAAAAUAUCGAUGUAUUAAAGGUACCUUUACGAGAGAAAGUUCUAUGGUUCUUAAAAGAAUUGGCUGAAAUUCUGCCAGAUCCGUCCAUUAUGAUAAUGGACCAAUUAAUGGAGUUUAAUAAACGAAAAUUGUUAAAACAAUACUUAUUAACAAAGAUAGAUCUUAUGGUUUUAAAUAUGAGAGCGGUCAACACAAUGCUAAAGACAAUGAGGUUCGAGAGUCUAACUACUGAACAGUUGUUUGAAAUGUUUAAACUUCAUAUCGCGCAAGCUAAAAAUUAUACAUUUUUGAAACAAUUGUUACUAGGUAUUUUUGAUGUAGAAGAUGAAAGUAUUACUAACCAUCUUAUCUUAUUAGAUCGUGUUAAUAAAGAUGUGCAUAACGAAUAUUUUGAAAUAAUAGCUGGAGCCCAAGAAACUAUACAGAAAACCAUAGCUGAGGAAAAUGCUUAUUACGAAGUACUGAUUAAAAAUUGGGAAAAAGAUUUCAAUAACUACGAAAGAUUUAAUAAAUUCAAGAAAACCAAAGAUUAUGACUCUACUACAAUUGAAGAGUUUAUGGCGGAUAGUAGUGAAAGUAGCAAAACAGAUAUUAAAUUGAAAGAUUCAUCUAAGAUGCCUAAAAAGGAUGAUGAUAUAAAAAUUGGAAAAUUCGAAGACUUUGAAUACUUUAAGUUAGCGGAUAUAGAAAAGGCUGUAAAAAAUAUGGAACAAAAUACCAUACGAAAAUACCAAGAACAAAUUGAUACUUCAAGAGAUACUGCAGAUAAUAUCAGUAAAGAGGCUAUUGAUUCGAAUAAAGUAAUUUUAAAUGUUUCUCUUCAGAAUCAAAGUAAAACUGACAAAUUAAAAAAUAAAAUAAAAUAUCAAAUCGAAUUUAUUAAAAAUAAAAUUGAAGAUUUUACUAAAGAUAUAGAUUCUUUAACAGAUUUUACCAAAAUUGCCAAUUCUUUAGAAAAUGUGCAAUUAAAUAAUAUAGAAUUUCAAGAAGUUAUUAGUAAUAACAAUAAUGUUGAGAAACAGGUCAAUGAACCUUCGUUAAAUGAGAAAAAGGAAGUAUUAUUAGAACAAAUUAAAAAAGAAUCAACUGAGGAAUGUAGCAACAAAAAUAAUCCAAAUCUUAAGCACUCCGUUCAUCUCAAUGUAAAUACUAAUAAAAUUGCAUCUUUUAAUUUGUUCGAAGACUUUAAAAAGAAAACGUGGUCGACAGGGAAAGAGGAAAACAAGAAUUCUAUUGAUAUUCAACAGGAAAAAGACAUUUCUAAUAUAGAUUUAAAUUCUGUAAAAGAGAACAAACCACAAGGUAGUCAGAAAUAUGCAAUUGAAAUUGAAAGUAAAAAAAGUGAUGUACAGGAACACGAGAGCAAACAUAUCGAUGAUGAAUUAUAAUAAAAGCUCUUGAGUUUUAAUUUAAAUAAAUUGAAUAGAUUGUCAAAUUCAAUAAGCCUGGUAAUCCUAUUUACACUGCAUUUGAUAUUUUUGCACUCGAAGCGAAUGUAUAUGCAGUGAGCUUUAAUGUUUUUAUAUAAAUAAAAUAUAUUAAGGAAAAAAUUGUUUAAUAAAAAGGAAAGAUUACGAACGACUAGACUGUAUCAGAAUAAAACUCUACGUCUGUUUAACUGGUGCUUAUGAGAAAAUUUCAUGAAUUAAUAAAAAAGAAAGCUGUAAAGCACAUGUAAACAACCUACGCAAGACAUUUAUCCUAACGAGGUUGUGAAUGAAUAUCCUGUUAAGGCUCUAAUGGAUGUAAAUUUUAUAUAUACACUACUUAAACAUAGUAUAUUUCUUGUGCACACUAUAGUACAAUGUUAGCAUAUUAUUUUUUCCUCAGGUAAAGGGUUACAAUUUUAUUUUUCUUCAUUUUGUAUUUCACUUAUAUGCUGUGAGUAAUAAUGCAAAUGAAAAUCAUAAUAAUCAAUAUUACACUGAGUUUGUGCAGUAAAAUUUUAAUUUGUAUCUUAGGCAAAGAUAUAAGCGAUAUCUAUUAUAAAAAGUUUGCAAUUACAAUUAGUUAUCAUUAUUUCUUUAAUUUUGUAAAAGUAUAUAUCACUGUUAAUAGAGAAAAAAAAAUAUUCAAAGGUAUUCUUUUAUAGAAACUUCCAUUAUUCUGUUUUGACUUGAACUUGCCAAUUUCAAAGAAACACCAAUGUAAUAUGCUUUUAAUUGCAUAUUGCUAUAACAGUCAUCUACUAUAUAUAAAUCUUUUUUUCUACUUAAAUUUAUUAAUAAAAUAAUUGUACAUAAAUCUGUACAAACAACAUUGUAUAUACGUAUUAUACAAAGUAUAACAAAGUUAAUAAAAAUGAAUAUUGUAAUAGAGUAAGUGAUCUUCAGUAAUUUGAAACAGUUUGGUUGUUUUUAUAUCUGUUUAUGAUAUGUAAUUAGUUCUAAAGUAUUUGCAGAUUAUGUUACACAAACUGUAAGAUAUUUUUUAACUUGCAAUAUAAAAAUUUAGUUGUAACAUGUGCCAUAUACAAUGCACAAGAAAUACAUAUGUUUUAAAUCAAAUGAAAAUAUAUGUAUAUGUAAUUGUAGAUUCAGAUUGGAAAUGUAAAUAUUUUAUAAAUAAGUGUACAAUAAGUUUAUGUUCUAUGAUUAUUAUGUAAAAGUUUGUAUACUGAAUGCCAAAAUAGAUAUUAUAAAGUUUAUUGUACAUUAAAGUAGUUACUAUUUUACAUAGCUGUGUGAAUAUAUAUACCAAUGUAUACGUAUAUAUAUACACACAAACGCGCGUUCGCGUGUGUGUAUGUAUAGACAUAUGAUUUGUUUGUUGUUUAUCAUAUGAAGAUGAAAAAUGAAAAAACAUGAUACUAUAUAGUGAUAUGUUACAAAUUUUGGUACAGAAAUAGAACACGAUAAGAAAUAUGAAUAAAAUCAUUGUUGCAAAAGAGAA